AUGCUUGGAAGCCUGCUUCCGGGCGCCUUGUCGACGACUCCACCGCGUCCGACACGGUCCUUUUGGUCGUCGGAUCUUGUUGAUCGCGCGAGGAUCUACGCAGGCAGGAUGAAGGAAGGCCACUCCAACCGAGCUCAUCGUCUACGCACGAUGACUAUCGCACUCCAAUCAUUCUCCUCGCUCCCGAGAUCCCUAGCGCGACGGCCGCCCUGCGACCGGCUGGAGUGCGCGCCACCUCGCUCGGUCUCAUGUAGGCGCGAUAGCACGGGGAAUGGUGCCAGCCGCACUAUCGAAGGCCUCAAAGGCGCUUAUUUCCUAUUUUUCUCGACGCCACACUCCACGGUGCGGGAUCUCAUUCGACAUAAGGUGCGGGAUCAGAAUCAACGACUACGGACUGACCUCAGAUAG